AUGCCGACGACUCGUCCAGGCCCAGAAACGCCUGCUCAAACCGACUUCUGUGAAGGCGACCAAAAGUCAGACACGCUCCUCACUCUUCCUCCAAUCAUGGACAUUGCGCUCUUCUUUAUCCAAUGGCAUUCAGCCCGAGCGGCUGCCAUAUUUGAGGUGUCGGGAAACGCCCUGCCAGUCGCUCGUCUACGCGCCGAGAAAGCAGGCCUUGAUCCAUUCAAUGACAUCGCAUCCUAUUGA